AACCUUAUAGUACCGUUUGACAUCGACCCUAUUCUUGGGACUAUAAACGUUACUCGACAGUUGGACAUAUCAGAAGCCCAGGAAUACUCAAUCACACUGGAGGCAUUCGACGGUUUGUGGAAAGGAACCGCGUUGCUGAAAAUCUAUGUGAACGAGGCUGCGGAGAGAGACCCGAGAUUCAACCAGCUUCAUUACAGGUUCUCAGUACCAGAAAAUACCCCCGGAGCUCUAGUGGGCCGCGUGGAACUUCAAACACGACAGCUGAGGGCCAACAGCCAAACUGUUUACAGUAUCGUCAACACCGACUCGAAAAAGUUCUUCGACAUCACCCUGGAAGGGGACAUUUUUACCAAGCAAGGACUAGAUCGUGAAGCAAAAAGCAGUCACACUUUUACUGUGAUGUUGGAAGAAAGUAGACCCUCCACUAAGGUGAGUGUAAGUGAAGUGACUGUUGAAGUUCUAGACUUGAACGACGAGGUACCAACAUUCCGCCAGUCCUAUAAAGGUUCCGUGAAAGAAAACGUCCCGCCCGGUACUCCCGUACUCGUCCACCCCUCGAUAUCAGCUGUGGACAACGACAGUGGGAAUAAUUCGGUUGUUCAUUACUCUCUCGGCGGCUCGGGCAGCGAACUGUUUGCAAUCAGUGAAAACGGUGCGGUGGUGUUUUCACCACAGGAACCCCACGCUGUGCUUGACAGGGAGAGGAAAGAGAAGUACGACCUUUACGUGACAGCAACUGAUCUAGGCAACUUGAGUUCUUCCACUUACCUCACCAUUACGGUGGAAGACGAGAACGACAAUGCCCCAGUCUUCCAGCACGGUCCGUUGUUCGUCCUGUUGCCGGAGACAUCGAAGCCCGGAACUAAGGUUAUUCAAGUUAUCGCCCAUGACGCUGAUGCCAAGGGUAUUAACUCCGAAAUAGAAUAUUACAUCACUUCCGGUUCCAAGAAUGACAUCCGUAUUGAUCGAAUCACGG